AGGCCGGCGGGUGGGGAGCCCGGGAACUCCCUCCUCCUGAAGUAGCUCGUCCCGGGCCGGCUCUGCCGUCGUUGCUGCCGCAGUACGCCCCGGGACGAGGAGGUGGAGGAGGGAGAGGGCCCGCGGGCCUCGCCUCCGCCCGCCGCCCCCGCCCGCCACCCCGAGCUGCGGUAGCAGCGACUCAGGAGAGCGCGACCAUAAAACAGAUUUGAUAAUGGGCUGCAUUAAAAGUAAAGAAAACAAAAGUCCAGCCAUUAAAUAUAGACCUGAAAAUACUUCAGAGCCUGUCAGUACAAGUGCAAGCCAUUAUGGAGCAGAACCCACCGCAGCGUCACCGUGUCCGUCAUCUUCAGCAAAGGGAACAGCAGUUAAUUUCAGCAGUCUUUCCAUGACACCAUUUGGAGGAUCCUCAGGGGUGACACCUUUUGGAGGCACAUCUUCCUCAUUCUCAGUGGUGCCAAGUUCGUAUCCUGCUGGUUUAACAGGUGGUGUUACUAUAUUUGUGGCCUUAUAUGAUUAUGAAGCUAGAACUACAGAAGACCUUUCAUUUAAGAAGGGUGAAAGAUUUCAAAUAAUUAACAAUACGGAAGGAGACUGGUGGGAAGCAAGAUCAAUCGCUACAGGAAAGAAUGGUUAUAUCCCAAGCAAUUAUGUAGCGCCUGCAGAUUCCAUUCAGGCAGAAGAAUGGUAUUUUGGCAAAAUGGGGAGAAAAGAUGCUGAAAGAUUACUCCUGAAUCCUGGAAAUCAACGAGGUAUUUUCUUAGUAAGAGAGAGUGAAACUACUAAAGGUGCUUAUUCCCUCUCUAUUCGUGAUUGGGAUGAGGUAAGGGGUGACAAUGUGAAGCACUACAAAAUUAGGAAACUUGACAAUGGUGGCUACUAUAUCACAACCAGAGCACAAUUUGAUACUCUGCAGAAAUUGGUAAAACACUACACAGAACAUGCUGAUGGUUUAUGCCACAAGUUAACCACUGUAUGUCCAACUGUGAAACCUCAGACUCAAGGUCUAGCAAAAGAUGCUUGGCUCUAUUUCCCUUUGUAUCAUAUGUUUUGUGUUUUUUGUUUUUCCCUUUCCAAGAUUGCUGAUGGUAUGGCAUAUAUUGAAAGAAUGAACUAUAUUCACCGAGAUCUUCGGGCUGCUAAUAUUCUUGUAGGUGAAAAUCUUGUGUGCAAAAUAGCGGAUUUUGGCUUAGCAAGGUUAAUUGAAGACAAUGAAUACACAGCAAGACAAGGUGCAAAAUUUCCAAUCAAAUGGACCGCUCCUGAAGCUGCACUGUAUGGUCGGUUUACAAUAAAGUCUGAUGUCUGGUCAUUUGGAAUUCUACAGACAGAACUGGUAACAAAGGGCAGAGUGCCAUAUCCAGGUAUGGUGAACCGUGAAGUACUGGAACAGGUAGAUCGAGGAUACAGGAUGCCCUGCCCUCAGGGCUGUCCAGAAUCCCUCCAUGACUUGAUGAAUCAGUGUUGGAAGAAGGACCCUAAUGAAAGACCAACAUUUGAAUAUAUUCAGUCCUUCUUGGAAGACUACUUCACUGCCACAGAGCCACAGUACCAGCCAGGAGAAAAUUUAUAAUUCAAGUAGCCUAUUUUAUAUGCACAAAUCUGCCAAAAUGUAAAGAACUUGUGUAGAGUUUCUACAGGAAUCAAAAGAAGAAAUUCGUCUUUACUCUGCAUGUUUUUAGUGGCAAACUGGAAUCCCAGAUAUGGUUGCACAAAACCACUUUUUUUGUUCCCAAGUAUUAAACUCUAACGUACCAAUGAUGAAUUUUCCAACCUGUUUCAGGGUCCAAAGAAAAUAGAGCUAAGAUACUGAUGACAGUGUGGGUGAUAGCAUGGUCAUGAAGGACAGCGAGGCUACUGCUUAUAAAUCAUUUUCUUUCUUUUCUUCCCCAAACUCAGAAUUGCUCAAAGGAAAUUAUUGUUACCAAUAAAACUUGAGAGAUAAAACGCUAUACCAUAAUGAAAUCUAAAAUUAAGGAAUAUCAUGGGACCAAAUAAUUCCAUUCCAGUUUUUUAAAGUUUCUUGCAUUUACUAUUCUCAAAAGUUUUUUCUAAGUUAAAUAGUCAAUAUACAGUCUUAAUAUAUGCCUCCUUUUGCAUGGACAUGGGCCAGGUUUUUCAAAAAGAAUAUAAACAGGAUCUCAGACUUGAUUAAAUAUUAGACCACAGAAGUGGAAUUUGAAAGUAUAAUACAGUAUGUUAAUAUUCAUAUUCAUGAAACUGAAAAGUAGAAUAAGAAAUUUUUGACUUCAGCCCUUUUCUGAAGAGUUUGCCUUAGAAUAAUGAAGGUAACUAGAAAGUGAGUUAAUCUUGUAUGAGGUUGCAUUGAUUUUUUUUUUAAGGCAUUAUGUAAUUGAAGCUACUAUCCAGUGAAAGGGAAAUCUUUUAAUCUUUAGAUAGCAUGCAAAGUAAGACCCAGCAUUUAAAAAGCCCUUUUUAAAAAACAGACUUGGUACUGGUGAGAUAUUGCUAACAUGUCCUUAUGGUGAUGGGUGCCACAAAUAGAAAAUAUGACCAGAUCAGGGACUUGAAUGCACUUUUGCUCAUGUUGAAUAUAGAUGAAUAGAGAGGAAAAUGUAUUUAAAUGAAAUACGAGAAAAGAAAAUGUAAAAGUUUUGCAAGUAGAGGGAUGGAAUUAAAUGUUUAAUGUUGAUGUCAUAGAGUGACAAAAUGGCUUUGCUGGCACUCAAAGCUCCUCACUUAGCUAUGUUCUGAGACUUUGAAGAGAAUUAUAAGGUGUAACUAUAAACUAAUUUUUCUUAUACACUAAAUGGGUGUUAUUUGUUCAAAAUAGUGAAGUUACAGCUUCACAUUAAUUCCAGUAGGAUAUGGCUUUUAUGCAAAACAUUUUUAGAACUCCAGUUUUCAAAUCAUGUUUGAAUCCACAUUCACUUUUAAAUGACCACUUACUGGUGGUCAUUUUUUUCCCUUUUAGAAUAUAUUAAAUAGUUGAUUUGGGGAGGAAAACUUAUUCUGAAUAUUAACAGUGGGGGAAAAGGGGACAGUUGUUUUUACCUUAAAGUACAAAAGUGAAACAUACAAAAUAAGGCUGAUUUUUAAGAGUAACUCAAAAAAUUCAAAAUACAAAUUUGAAUAGCAGCACUAGUGAUUUAAGUGUCUGGCAAAGGAAAAAUUGAACCUGAUAAAUAAAAUGAAGGUCUGGUGUGUAUGUUUUAAAAUACUCUCAUAUAGUCACACUUUAAAUUAAGCCUUAUAUUAGGUUCCUCUAUUUUCAGGAUGUAAUUCUUAACUAUCAUUAUUUACCUGAUUUAAGCAUUAAAUUUGAAAUUCUGUGCCAUGGCAUAUAUGUUCAAAUUCAAAUCAUUUUAAAAUGUGACAGAGGGACUUCAUGCAAGUUGGCAGUGGUUCUGGUACUAAAAAUUGUGGUGGUUUUUUCUGUUUACGUAACCUGCUUAGUAUUGACUCUACCAAGAGGUCUUCCUAAGAAGAGUGCCGUCGUUAUUUCCCCUUGUCAACAACUUGUGACAUGAGAUUUUUAAAGGGCUUUAUGUGAACUAUGAUAUUGUAAUUUUUCUAAGCAUAUUCAGAAGGGUAACAAAAUUAUGUACUAAAUCUGAUCAGGAAAGUAAGCCAGGAAAAGUUGAUAGUAUUCAUUAGUUUUUAACUGAAUGGAGCAGUUCCUUAUAUAAUAACUUGUAUAAUAGGGAUAAAACACUAACUUAAUGUGUAUUCAUUUUAAAUUGUUCUGUAUUUUUAAAUUGCCAAGAAAAAUAAGCAAGUUUGUAUAUUUGAAGAUUUUUUUCCAACAGCUUUUCGUCUUCAAUGUCUUAAUGUGGAAGUUAACCUUUACCAAAAAAAGAAGUUGGCAAAACAGCCUUCUAGCACACUUUUUUUAAUGAAUAAUGGUAGCCUAAACUUAAUAUUUUUAUAAAGUAUUGUAAUAUUGUUUUGUGGAUAAUUGAAAUAAAAAAUUCUCAUUGAAUGCAUCUAUCAAUCUUUUGAGUUGCUAUUCAUAUUCCCAUUAGUUUUUUAAAAAUUGGUAUAUUGUGAAUUUCUUCCAUUGGAAAAAAAAAAGUUCAGUUACUUAUAACUACUGAGCAGAAUGUAAUCCUUUAUUAAAUUCAGAACAUUA